AAGCACUAAAAUACUCCCGCUAAUAUCCGCAAAAGAGUCUGUGUUCGUUUUUUGAAUAGCGUGCGAUUGGAAGAUGGGAAUCCCAGCCUUCUACAGGUUUCUUUCAGAUAAAUAUCCUAAAGUGGUUGUGGACGCCGUCGAGGAAGAACCAGUGGUUAUCGAUGGCAUUCAAAUCCCUGUCAACACAAGUAUGAAAAACCCUAACAACAAUGAAUACGACAACCUUUACCUUGACAUGAACGGCGUCAUUCACCCUUGCUUCCACCCCGAGAAUAGGCCAUCUCCUACCUCUUUCGAUCAAGUGUUUGAGUCCAUAUUUGCUUACAUUGAUAGGCUGUUUGUCAUAGUGAGGCCUAGGAAGCUGCUCUUUAUGGCUAUUGAUGGUGUUGCUCCAAGGGCUAAGAUGAACCAACAACGGUCUAGGCGGUUUAGGGCGGCUAAAGACGCAUCUGAUGCAGCUGCUGAAGAAUCAAGGUUAAGGGAUGAAUUUGAGAUGGAGGGCAGAAAGCUUCCUCCUAAACAAGAGUCACAGAUUUUCGAUUCAAAUGUAAUUACACCUGGAACUAAAUUCAUGGCUGUUCUGUCAGUUGCACUUCAAUACUAUAUUCAUCUUAGGUUGAACAAUGAUCCUGGUUGGAAAAAUAUCAAGGUUAUUCUUUCUGAUGCAAAUGUUCCUGGCGAAGGGGAGCAUAAGAUUACGUCCUACAUUCGUCUUCAAAGAAAUCUUAAAGGAUAUGAUCCCAAUACACAGCAUUGCCUAUAUGGUUUGGAUGCUGAUUUGAUCAUGUUGGGUCUGGCUACCCAUGAAAUCCAUUUUUCAAUUCUUAGAGAGGUUGUGUUUACUCCUGGACAAGACAAAUGCUUCCUGUGUGGUCAGAUGGGUCAUAUGGCUGCAGAGUGUGAAGGAAAGGCAAAAAGGAAGACGGAUGAUGAAAAAGGAGAUGCUAUUGUUGCUAAAUUGCCCUUCCAGUUUCUGAACAUUUGGACUCUUAGGGAAUAUCUGGAGUAUGAGAUGAGAAUACCUAAUUCUCCUUUUGAGAUUGAUUUUGAAUGCAUAUUGGAUGAUUUUAUCUUCAUAUGCUUUUUUGUUGGGAAUGAUUUCCUACCACAUAUGCCUACCCUAGAUAUUCGUGAGGGUGCAAUUGACUCGCUGAUGACAGUAUACAAGAACGAAUUUACGAAAUUGGGUGGUUAUUUGACAAAUGGUAGUAAGCCAAACCUGAGCAGGGUGGAGCAUUUUAUUCAGGCUGUUGGAUCACAUGAAGAUGAAAUAUUCCAAAAAAGAGCUCGAUUGCAUCAGCGACAAGUGGAAACAAUAAAGCGUCGGAAGAGACAAGCAAGAGGAGAUGAUGUUGGGCCUCAAGUUCAACCAGAAUCUCUAGCUGCAAUUUCACAAUUCCACGGUUCUCGUCUUGCUUCAGCUCUAAUGCCUUCCCCAUUUCAACAAUCUGGGCAUAAUAAAGAGGUCCUUGAGAAACCGAGUAAAGUUUCUAGGUUAUCUUCAGGAGUAACUGUUGUUGCGGCUAUUGUUGAAGCUGAGAAUAGUCUUGAAAUAGAUGUUCAAGAUAACGAGGACGAGUUGAAAGCAAAACUGAAGAGGAUACUUCUUGACAAAUCUGAUGUAUUCAACUCAAAAGGUGGUCAUGAAGACAAGAUUAAGUUAGGAGAACCAGGCUGGAAAGAGAGGUAUUAUGAGGAAAAAUUUUCUGCUAAAACUCCUGAAGAACUUGUUGCUAUACGGAAAGAUGUUGUCUUGAAAUACACUGAAGGCCUAUGUUGGGUGAUGCAUUAUUAUUAUGAAGGUGUUUGUUCUUGGCAAUGGUUUUAUCCUUAUCAUUAUGCCCCUUUUGCGUCUGAUCUUAAGGGCCUUAGUGAGCUUAAUAUUAAUUUUGAGUUGGGUGCUCCGUUCAAACCAUUUGACCAGCUCAUUGGGGUUUUUCCUGCUGCAAGCUCCCAUGCUCUUCCUGAGACGUAUAGGAAACUUAUGACCGAUCCAAGCUCGCCAAUUAUUGAUUUUUAUCCAAUCGAUUUUGAAGUGGACAUGAAUGGAAAACGCUUUGCUUGGCAGGGUAUUGCAAAGUUGCCUUUUAUUGAUGAAACGCGACUUCUUGCAGCAGUUCAGAAAAUAGAAAACUUUUUAACACCAGAGGAAAAGCGACGAAAUGCAAUAAUGUUCGACAUGCUUUUUGUGAACUCGUGCCAUCCUCUCUCUGCGUGCAUUAGUACACUCGACAACAAAUGUAGAAACACGUCAAACUGUGAACGUGCCAAUGUCAAGGAAAAAAUCAAUCCCAUAGAAAGUGGUGGAAUGAAUGGUUACAUAUCCUUCUGUGAUGGAGAACCUUGCCCUCCUUUCUUCAGGUCACCUGUUGCAGGCAUGGAAGACAUCAUCGAUAAUCAUGUGAUAUGUGCAAUAUAUAGACUUCCUGAUGCGCAUGAACAUAUUAACCGACCACUACAUGGAGUUAAAUUUCCAAAAAAGACUGUGGCGAUAGAGGAUUUAAAACCCGAACCUGUUCUGUGGCAUGAAGAUUCUGGUAGGAGAUAUGGAGAAAGUCAAAGGAAAAAACCUUCGGGAACUUAUUCUUGUCGACAGCUUAACGAGGAGGCAGCACACAGACUUGUUGUCAAUUCCCUGCAGGUCAAGAUGGAUGCAAAUAGAUACCAUCAUCCCAUGAAUGGUCCAAGAAUGCCUUAUGCUGCACCAAUCGAUCAUAGACAAUCAUGGCCUCGCAAUAACUACGAAUCACACCCUGGCUAUAGUUAUGAAUCAUGCAUAGGGUAUGCUGCAAUGCCACCACCGUUAUCAACUCAUCCACAGUUUGUACCGUACAAUGUUGUCCCUACUGCGCAAUAUGAUUAUAAUCAACCACCACCAGUGAUGCAUACUCAUCAUCAUCGAUCAAACUACUUUGCAAGAAAUGUACAUCAUAACCCUAAAUCACAUGCUUAUGAAAGAAAUAGCCAUUAUGUUAUUCGGGAGAAGUAUAAAGGUUCAUGAAUACACAAGGUUCAUUUGCCAGUCACAAUCAACGCUGGUCGCCACCGCUAAAACUUCCAACCAGAUAGAGCUUCUGAGCUGAAUUGGACUCCACAAAGUAACCCAGAUGUAUGCAGGGAAUAUGGUCAACAUUCGACCAUAAAUAAACAACCAUGACCAUAAAUAAACAACCAUUAAAUGAAUAUGUAACCAUUAAUUGACUUUUGUAUGAACUAAAGAAAUUGAAUAAAUUAGCCAUUAAAUGAAUAUGUAACCAAUGAAUAUCCCUUCCUGAU